UUAGUCCAUUGUCUAUACUUGUAAGCAGGUAACCGUAAGUCCAAACACGUGUGCAGUGUCGCAUCUGUGAAUGAAGCUGAUUGUAACGGCUCUAUGAUGAAGGAGCGGAGCGCUGUGUGAGUCAUCUCGUUCAUUGAGCAGUGGUCCAUUGAGGGGCGCUCAUUACCGCUCCAACGGCCGGUCCUGCGCACACGCACGCUGCGCUCCCAAUCGCGGACAAAUACACCGACGCACUACCUACGACAUGCUGCCUCUCAUCUCUCGAUACAACAUGGAGACGGUUUCCAAGUCGUGCAUUUGGCUCGUUGCAGCGGCUCUGUUAGCCGCUUGCGGCGUGAGUGCCGGCGUCGGCAGCAAGCGGCCCUUCACACCGACCGACUCGAUUUUGGACAUCAUCGACACCGAGCAAGUUGAGAAAAUGCUUGCCGCUCGACGACGAACUGAGGAAACCGCCGGUUCAUCUACUUACGUUCAGAGAAACGAACUCGGCGAAGGCAGCUCCGAAACUAUGGUCGUAUCUAUCCCUGAACAAGAGGAUACCACAGAGAUACCCAAGGGAGCGGCAUUUCGAAAUAUAUUGAAGUCCUCAAAAAACGCGUUGGUAGUAACGAAAAAAAAGUAUCUCAAAGAGGAUUGGUGUAAAACAGAACAGUUGGUACAAAAGAUUCGCGAACCGGGUUGUUUACAAGCAACAGUGUUGAACAAUUUCUGUUAUGGUCAGUGUAAUUCAUUUUAUAUUCCGAAAAGUCCGCGGCGUCGAGAGGAGAAUGAUGAGCGCCCUCCGCCCGCGUUCAAGUCAUGCUCAUUUUGUAAACCGAAAAAGUUUACCUGGAUCACUGUCACGCUUCGUUGCCCAGGACAGAACCCACCGUACAAACGGAAGCGUCUGCAAAAGAUCAAACAGUGCAAGUGUUUACCGGUCGGCGUGAACUGAUAGUUAAUGGACGUUUGACCCUCCACAACAGAGGCGGGCCUUCCGUCUAGGGCUAUCGCGUCCAAGAUGCGCCGAGCACGGGCAAUCGUCGGAGAGGAGCUCACAAGAAUCGAUAUUUCAAAUAUUGAUGGUGGCGUGUGGAGAUUUGUUAUGAUAUUGUUACCUGAUGUUUUGCUAAGUAAUUACUCGUAAAGAGCAAACAGGUAGCACAGUUCGGCAUUAUUCCGAUUGCGUGCUCGUAUACGUCAAUAGAGAUGACGUCAUUCGAUGCAUACAUGAGACGUUACGAUUUUGUAACACUGAUUGCAGGUCGUCAGGCAGAGCUUUAAUUGUCUGUAGUGAUACUGAUUAAUUGGACACUAUAAGACUUGUGACUGGUGACCUUGUGAGAGUUUAAGGAUAAUUAAUUAGUGCGAACGUAACAGUGGAAAAUCUGUGUUUUUUUGAGUUAAUUGGUUGGAAAUUGUUGCGCCAAAAAAACAAUGCGGAUCAUACGAUUACAACUGUUCAUGUGAUAUUAGUUUUAAGAUCUGUUGGAUAAUAUAAUAAAAAAUAGUGUAGUUUAAUCAGUUAUUUAUUGACGAAUGAUAAUACUUUUUGCAAAUGAAUUUGUAAGUGUAUAAGUGAUAGAAUAAAUUCAGCAUUGCUGAAAUUUAAGCAGAAUAUAUUACAUAUGAACGGCGCUCAAGUUCAAGAUAUAUAAUCUUAAGAUCCGUUUUCACAUAAAAAAAUAUUUACGUACAACAUUAUAGCAACGGCCAUAAAGAUAUUAAACAAUUGUAAAAGUUAUCUCAUUGAAUAUAUCUCCUUACAAACUUAACUAUCUGGAAAAUACAUUAUGGAGUGAUUUGAUUCAAUUUAAUUGUUGUUAUUAAUUAAAUUUCAAUUUAAAUUGCUGAUAAUUGAUAUUCCUCAUUUAAUUUUAUACACGAAACAUUAAAAUUAUUAAUGUCAUAAGUAACUUGCUAAACUCUUGUUUUAUGAUCAUUUGUCUUUAGUUAAAUCAUAUUGAAAGUAAUACUGUAUUCGAUCUAAAUGUCCAUAACUCUAGUUGUUUUACAAAUCAAUUCGAUCGGGAUUGUGGCUAAUAGAUUGUUAUGACUGUGAGUGGUAUUCUUGCCAAUUCAAAAGCCUACUGCCUACUCAUUUAUAUAACCUUGCAAAACCUAAUAUGUUCAAACGAAAUGUAUAGAAAAUAUAUCGUUACGUUCUUAAGAACAAGUGUAACAAAUGUAUAGUAAUCAAUUGAAUAUUUGAUAAAGACCGUAUUAAUUAAAUAUCGUGGACGAUGUUUUAUUGUUUUCAAGUUCUUAUGAAUAAAACCAGUGAAAUUUA